AUAUUAUUAUUUCUACCAACAUAUUGUGAUCUAUUACAAGAAUUGUGUGUUAUUUCUUUAUAGAUCUUUGAAAAUAAAUAAAGUAUAAAUAUGAUAAAUGUACAAAUUUGUACUGGGAAAACUACAAAACACAUAUUUAUUAGUGAUGAAUUGCUUUCAGUCGAUAAAAUAUGGGAGCGGUUUGAAGAAAUAAUUGGUGUAUCAAGAGAGAAUUUUUAUAUAGUUCAUAAUGGCCGCACUAUUAAUGAAAGUAAUAUGUUCUUGCAUGGUUGCGCAACUAUUAUUCCAAAAUUAUUGGGUGGAAAAGGUGGGUUUGGCUCUAUGUUACGGGCCAUAGGUGCUCAAAUUGAAAAAACUACAAAUCGCGAGGCUUGCAGAGAUUUGAGCGGACGCAGAUUAAGAGAUAUAAAUGAAGAAAAAAGACUUAAAGCUUGGAUUGAAAAGCAAGCAAAACGUAAAGAGGAAGCAGCAGAACGUAAAAAGAAAAAGUUAGAAAGACUUUGUGCAGAACCAAAGCAUGAGUUUAAAGAUCAAAAUUAUGAAAAAGAGAGAUCAAUUUUGACAGAAAAAAUUGGAGAUGCGGUAGAAGAAGGAUUUAAAGUUGCUAUUGCUGGAAGUUCAAGUAUUAAAAGAAAAUGUGAAGAAGAAGUUAAAAGUAAUAAGAAGAAAACAAUUCUGGAUUUAGAUAUUGAUUCUGAUGAGCUUGAUACUUCAGAUGAUAGUGAUAUAGAAAAUAGUGAGCCAGUAAAAUUUAAUAAAUUCGAGCAACAAAUAUCUAAUGAUAGUGAGCGUUCUAGUGAUGAAACUGAAAGAGAUAAUGAUAAAUUAUAUGAAACAAAAGCUGUAAAUUCAAUUAAUUCUGAAAAUGUGAAUGCAUGUACAGACAUUUCAGUUGAAAAUAGUGAAGAACAAAUAGUAAAUUCUAAAAAUGAAAAAAUAGAUAAAAAAAAUGAAGUUGCUGAUGACAUUUCAAUUGAAAGUAAUGAAGAAAAAAUAGUAGAUUCUAAAAAUGAAAAAGUAGAUAAAGAAAAUGAAGUUUCCAAUGACAUUUCACUGGGAAGUAGUGAAGAAAAAAUAGAUUCUAAAAAUGAAAAAGUAGAUAAAAAGAAUGAAGUUUUGAAUGACAUUUCAGUUGAAAAUAGUGAAAAAAAAAUAGUAGAUUCUAAAAAUGAAAAAGUAGAAAAAAAAAAUGAAGUUGUUGAUGACAUUUCAAUUGAAAGUAAUGAAGAAAAAAUAGAUUUUAAAAAGGAAAAAAUAGAUAAAGAGAAUGAAGUUUCUAAUGACAUUUCAUUUGAAAAAAGUGAAGAAAAAAUAGUAGAUUCUAAAAAUGAAAAAGUAGAUAAAAAGAAUGAAGUUGCUAAUGAAGUUUUGGUAAUAAAUAAUCAAGUAGAAAAUGUUGAAAAAAAUGAAGUUGCAACUUCCACUGACAUUACAGCAGUAAAAUCUAAAUUCUAAAAACUUACUGGAAUAGCAGACUAAAUAAAAUUUUAUUUUCUCUUAUUUAUUUAUUGAUAGUUAAUGUCAUAUUUUUACAUUUGUUUAUUCAUUGUAAUUCAAUCCAUUAUUUUAUAUAUCAGAAAUUUAUGCUAAAUUUAUAAGUAUA